CCCACACCGGAAACUGGUGUCACAGCAGAAAGAGCCCGAGUCCAGCGGUGUUUUUGAAGCGUAUUGUUGCAACUUUUUCGAUGUUUCUCGCUGUUAAUUUAAAUUAAUCGAUCAAAGAUGUUUGCUGGACUGCCUGAAUUGGGAAUAUCCAAUGGCGAGGACCUCAAAGAAACGCUCACAAACUGCACAGAGCCUUUGAAAGCUAUUGAUCAAUUCCAGACGGAGAAUGGCAUUCUGCUGCCGACCCUGCAGUCCGCCCUGCCGUUCUUGGACCUUCACGGCACGCCGCGGCUUGACUUCCACCAGUCGGUGUUCGACGAACUCCGAGACAACCUAACGGAGAGGGUGGCCGUCAUAGCAGAGGGAAAGGAGGAGGACCGAUUUGGGAAGCUGGAGGAGUUGUUGGAGAAGAGCUUUCCAUUGGUCAAGAUGCCCUCAAUUCAGCCAGUGGUCAUGCAGGUGCUGAAACAUCUACCAAAGGUGCCGGAGAAGAAGCUGAAGAUGGUGAUGGCGGACAAGGAGCUGUACAAAGUGUGUGGCGUGGAGGUGAAGCGGCAGAUCUGGCAGGACAACCAAGCGCUGUUCGGGGACGAGGUGUCACCGCUGCUCAAGCAGUACAUCGUGGAGAAGGAGGGGGCGCUGUUCAGCAACGAGCUCUCGGUCCUCCACAACUUCUUCAGCCCCUCGCCCAAAGCCCGGCGCCAGGGAGAGGUGGUUUUGAAGCUGACCCAGAUGAUCGGGAAGAACGUGAAGCUGUACGACAUGGUGCUGCAGUUCCUGCGCACGCUGUUCCUGCGCACGCGCAACGUGCACUACUGCACGCUGCGUGCCGAGCUGCUCAUGUCCCUGCACGACCUGGACAUCAGCGAGAUCUGCUCCGUGGACCCCUGCCACAAGUUCACCUGGUGCCUGGACGCCUGCAUCAGGGAGAAGUUUGUGGACGUCAAACGAGCCAGAGAACUGCAGGGCUUCCUGGAUGGCGUUAAGAAAGGACAGGAGCAGGUUCUAGGGGACUUGUCCAUGAUCCUGUGCGACCCGUUUGCCUGCAACACUCUGGUUCUGAGUACCGUCCGGAACCUGCAGGAGCUCAUCAGUCAAGACACCCUGCCCAGAGAGAGCCCAGACCUGCUGCUGCUGCUGAGGAUGCUGUGUCUAGGGCAGGGCGCAUGGGACAUGAUUGACAGCCAGGUGUUUAAAGAGCCCCGACUGGACCCGGAGGUGGUGACACGCUUCCUGCCAGCCAUGAUGUCGGUGGUGGUGGAUGACCAUACGUUCACGGUGGACCAGAGACUCCCCGGGGAGGAGAAGAACUCCCCUGCCUACCCCACAGCCCUGCCCGACUCCUUCACCAGGUAUCUGCAGGAAAACCGUGUGGCCUGUGAGAUGGGGCUCUACUUCGUCCUCCACAUCACCAAACAGAGGAACAAGAACGCCCUGCAGAGGCUUCUCCCCGCCCUUGUGGACACACACAAUGACAUGGCCUUCGGGGACAUCUUCCUGCACCUGCUGAGCGGCCACCUGACCCUGCUGUCGGACGAGUUCGGAUCCCAGGAGUUCUGCUCCGUCAUCUUUGACCGUUUCCUCCUCACAUCCUUCUCAAGUAAGGAGAACGUUCACCGCCACGCGCUGCGCAUGCUGCUCCACCUCCACCACAAGGUCCUGCCCUCCCUGAUGGAGACCCUCGUGAAGACUCUGGAGCCCCCCAAACAGCAGAGCAGUGAGCCAGUGAAGGAACUUUUCAAUCAGCUGACGGAAAAGCUGGAGGCCCAGAAGAAGAGCCCGCCACAGCCAGAAGAAGCCCCGCCCUCUCUGGACCUGGGCCUCCACCCAGUCACAGUUCCCACGACGACCCCGACGACCACCGCUGCUCUCUGAGAGAGAGAGAGAGAGAGAGAGAGAGAGAGAGAGUCCCAUU